ACAAUUUUGUCAGAACCCUGCUACUAGAGCCUGGAUGUGGCUCUGAGUUUCAGGGUCACUGACAUUGAUAAGACACCUGCGUCCCAGGACUCGGAGGAGAAACGGCUGAUGGACUUGGCGGGGAAUUUGCGCGGGGUUUUACUGAGCGGGAAGAGACUGUUCAAAUGAGGGGGAGGGUAUAUAAAGGAGGGUUGGCCGGAGCCUCCCAUUCUUGGCUUUUCUGAUGUUCAUGUUUCCUACAGUAAAAGUUCCUGGUGAUACCACAGAGAGUCUCGUGUGUUCAUUCAGGAGCGGCUGUGGUGAGCUGACACUAAGCCAAGAAUACGGACACCAUCCCGCUGUAGCGGUGAGGUGUAACAUGCAAGUGGAGGAUGAAGAGCUCUUGGGCGCCGGAGGAGGAAGGUAGGAAAGGGCCACUCCCGAGACGGACGCUGAGUUCCACCAGCUGGCGGCCCUGGCGUCAUCCACCGCUUAUGCCCAGCCAAAUGGGGUAACCCAGAGGCGCGGAGUGGUGCGGGGAGAUAGCACCGGAGGAGAGGAAGGUUCACCUUCCCCAGGCCCGCAAAAGAUGGUGUUUCUGGAGGAGAGGAUGUCGGCGAUGGAGACCACCCUGGCAGUGAUGUCGAGGGCGAUGGAGCGCCUGGCGGUUUUGGCGGAGCCGGAGCGAGGAAGGGAACUCCGGGCUAGCUCAAUGUGGGACGUGAGCAUGGGAAGCAGCCAGGGCUUUGCAGACCUCCCAGCACCGAAGGGAAGGGAAAUGCGAAAGGAGCCCGGUGCCCGGCCCAAGAUCCAAACGAGCCUGACGCGGGUGGAGGAGAGUGACGACGAAGGGGAAAAGCCUCCGAGAAUCCCGGCUACGCUCCCAACUGAGACCCUGGUGCCCCUGGCGAAUGCCGGGCGUGGCACAGGACAAAGGGAAGCAGCAGCGGGGCCCACUGGCCCGCAAGGGGGCUUGCGACGGGCGGAGAAUUGGGGAUUGCCACCACAGGGACCCCUACCGAGACGAGAGGAACUAAGGAUCGAGUUUGGGGGAGAGUCCUCUGAACUGGAUUUUUUCCUGACCACGGUGAGGGGCUAUAUGGAGGACAAUGCCCACACUUUUAGAACGGAAUCCAGCCGGGUACGGGCCAUUGGUGCAGUGUUGAAGAGGGGAGCGGCCAGCUGGUACGUUCAACUACACGCGCGGCGCGACCCAUGUCUGGGGUCACUCCGACGCUUUAUGGGGGCCCUGGAGACCCGUUUCCGAGAUCCACUGGAGCAGAUCCGGGCGAGGGAGGAGUUGAAGACCGUCUCCCAGGGGCAGAGGUCGGUAUCUGAGUAUGCGGAGGAGUUCCAAUGCCUCGCUGAAAAGGUGCCGGAAUGGUCUGCAGUGACAAAGAUAGAACUCUUCAAAGAGGGGCUCAGGCGGGAGAUCCUCUCCUGGGCGGUGCAUCGUGAUGAGCCUGACACACUGCGCGGAUGGAUUCAGCUGGCGGGGCGCAUCGAGACAUCGCUGGCCCAGGCGAGGAGGCACCGAGGAGGGCUACAGCAGCGGCCGCAGAUGAAAGAGGGGAGCCGGAAGGAGGGAUCAACCCCAGCCGGGAGGAGAACGGAGCCGACAGGGAACGUGAGCACCAGCAGGAGGGGCUGCUUCGUGUGCGGCCGUUUGGGCCACAGGGCUGCCGAGUGCUGGCAGAGAAAAGGGGAAGGCGGAGGCCCGCCCAAACCAAGAGCCGUGGCAGGGAAACGCGCCGAGGAAGAACCACCGAUGAGGCACCACUCGGGGGGGUUGGACGAAGGGGAGGAGGACGCCAUGUCAGAACCCUGCUACUAGAGCCUGGAUGUGGCUCUGAGUUUCAGGGUCACUGACAUUGAUAAGACACCUGCGUCCCAGGACUCGGAGGAGAAACGGCUGAUGGACUUGGCGGGGAAUUUGCGCGGGGUUUUACUGAGCGGGAAGAGACUGUUCAAAUGAGGGGGAGGGUAUAUAAAGGAGGGUUGGCCGGAGCCUCCCAUUCUUGGCUUUUCUGAUGUUCAUGUUUCCUACAGUAAAAGUUCCUGGUGAUACCACAGAGAGUCUCGUGUGUUCAUUCAGGAGCGGCUGUGGUGAGCUGACACA